AUGACAGUUGCAGCGGAAAAGAGAAGGCCCUUUUUUGGGCUGACGGGAGGAUGGCUCACUUUUUGGGUUACAGUUGCAUGCGCAACCGACAUGUCUCUGUUUGGCUACGAUCAGGGAGUCUUCAGUGGUGUCGUGAUUUCGAAGGACUUCCUCCAAGUCCAUGACCUCGUCGGUCCGACCAAGACCAAGACGCUAUCCACGGUGACUGCCAUCUACGAUAUCGGAUGUUUCUUCGGGGCCAUCUUUGCCUUUACAAUCGGCGAAAACCUAGGCCGAAAGAAGGCAAUUUUGCUGGGAACGACAAUUAUGGCUGUGGGAACCAUCCUUCAAUUCACUUCGUUCAGCCUGGGGCAGAUGUUCAUAGGUCGUAUCAUUCUAGGUUUGUCUGCUCGAUAUUUAAGAGAUCUAUUGAACAAGUCACUUAGCAUUGUUUCAUUCCUAGAAACCUCACAAUUGAAAUGGCGUGGAAAGCUGGUGAUUAUAGAGAUGAUGAUGAACAUCGCAGGUUACUGCCUUGUCAACUGGAUCAACUACGGCCUUUCCUUCGCCGGUGGUGCCGUUGCCUGGCGAUUCCCCCUCGCAUUCCAGUUCAGUUUUCUUUUGAUUUUGUGGACUACUACUCCCUGGCUUCCGGAGUCUCCUCGAUGGCUUCUUGCUCAUGGCAGAGGAGAGGAAGCCGUGGAGGUCAUCGCUUGCCUCGAAGCUAAGUCACUAGACGAUCCAUUCGUCAUUGCUCAGCGCAACGAAAUCGAGUUCACUAUUCAAUACGAGCGCGAGAAUGCAAUGCGGUGGAGAGAUCUUUUUAAGAGGAAGAGCACGAAUGAUACCAAGACUCUUCGCCGACUGCUUCUCGGUGCUGGCAGUCAGUUCAUGCAGCAAAUGGGUGGUAUCAACAUCAUGUCCUACUAUCUGCCAACGGUCCUGGAGACGGCGGUGGGAAUGGAGGAGAGCAUGGCCCGUCUCUUGACUGCCUGCAACGCCAUCUCAUACUUGAUGUUUUCCGGCCUCGCUAUACUAUUGGUUGAGAGAAUGGGUCGUCGUGGUUUGAUGCUUUUGUCGACAGCCGGCCAAUUCUUCUGCUUUCUCAUUAUUACGAUCCUCCUCUACCUCGUGGAGACCCGCAGCAAUGGGGCUGUGUUUGGCAAGGCCUCGAUUGUGUUCUUCUUCCUCUUCCACGGUAGCUUCGGAAUUGGCAUGCUUGGGGUUCCAUGGUUAUAUCCAACGGAGAUCAAUUCUUUGCCCAUGAGAACCAAAGGCGCUGCCAUCGCGACUGCAAUUGAUUGGAUCACGAACUUUGUCAUUGUCCAGAUCACGCCCAUUGGUAUCCAGAACAUUGGCUGGAAAUUUUGUGAGACAGUCAACUGCCUGGGCUGUGCUUUGCCUCUGCUGACAACUUAUCAAGGGAUCGUGUGGACAGCGACCAAUGCGGCAUUCCUGCCUAUUCUCUACCUCUUCUAUCCAGAGACAGCCAACCGAAGUCUCGAGGAUAUCGAUGACUACUACCGCAGCAACCCGUCCCUCAUUGUGGUCAAAGAGCCGGAUGCGAUUUGCAGACGUCGCCCUCAAAAGUACAUCGACCGUGAAGACGAGCAAAUUGAGAAGUCUGCCAUCAACAAGAGUCUUGUGCCAGUGAGUGCAAAGCACAUCGAGUUCAGCUGA